AGAAGUUGAGACGAAUUUUAGAAUAGAUACAUAUAAUGAAAAUGUUAAUAGAGCAGUUGAAAAUGUAUAUAAAAUUGCAGAUGAACUGCUUGCAACUAAGAUUAAAAAAAGAGAAAUUUUGUACGCUGAUAUGGGGAUGCCCGAGUCGUUGAUGUCAUCGAAUGAUGACAUCGUUGAAACGGCCACGACCCCGUCUAGUCCCCAAAUCAUUGUGACAAACAUCGACAAAAUCGGUGCAAUCUCAACCAACGAUAAAGAAGAUUCUUUUAAAACUCCCUUACCGAUAGUUGAAUUUGAGAAUCAAUUCUCUGUUCUUGAAUUGAAAUUUUACACAAGAUAUAAAAAAUACAUUGACGAUGUAAGGAAAGAAGACUCUGAAAA